UCAUAAUACUUAUUAUUUCACUUCAUUUCGCGAGUAGUACUCACCGAAGCAAGAAGCAAGUUUCUAAGAAACGUUUUGAAUUUUUUCAUCAUCACACCUAAACCUUGCUCCGUUUGUUCAACUGUUUAAGUUGUCUGGUCGAAAUGUUGCAACCGAGUUGUCUGCAAUUUGUGACCCUGAUCGGGUUAUCUAUUGUUGCGAUUAUCAAUGGAACAUCAUUUCCAACAAUAAAUAACAAUUAUUUGCCACCAAUCGGGCCCAGUUUGGAUCCCAUUUCGUCAUCACCAAAUCCCUUUCAAAUCGUCAACGAAUGGAAGUACUUGGACUUUGAUUAUCCAACGUUUGCCCGCAGGAAGGCAGCUCUUGCCAACAAUGAAUUAAUUCCCCAGAAUAAUCUUCCCUUGGGCAUCGAUGUGUAUGCGGAUCGGAUUUUUGUGACAACUCCUCGUUGGAAGGACGGAGUUCCGGCCAGUUUGAGUGUGCUGCCAUUUCCACCCAAGGAACUCAGUCCCUCGCUCCAGCCGUAUCCCAAUUGGGAGGAGCAUGGAGAUCCCUACAAUCCCGACUGCUCGAAACUCAUGUCCGUCUAUCGCACCUGGGUCGAUGAAUGCUCCCGCCUGUGGCUCAUUGACGCCGGAGUGGUGAAUGCCACGGUGAGUCUUAACCAAAUCUGUCCACCGAAAAUCGUCGCCUACGACCUGCGCACCAACAAGAGAAUCCUUUCAUACGAACUGCCCCCCGACCAAGUCAAACAGGAUUCCCUGCAUUCCAAUAUUUUGGUCGAUGUCCGCGAUGGAAAGUGCGAUGACGCUCAUGUUUACGUGACGGAUGUGUGGCGUUUUGGCAUCGUCGUCUAUAGCUUGGCCAAGAAUCGCAGUUGGCGUGCCACCAACUACAACUUCAAUCCAAACCCCGUGGCCGCGGAUUUCAAUGUGUAUGGCUUGAAUUUCCAGUGGCUCGAUGGUGUCUUCGGAAUGAGCCUGUCACCCAUCAACAAAGCCAACGAUCGAAUUUUAUUCUUCCAUCCAAUGGCCAGUUACAAUGAAUUCAUGGUCAGCACAUCGGUGCUACGUGAUGAAAACAAUUGGCCAGACAAAGCUCAAGACGUAGCUAAAAAUUUCGCUACGAUCGGCACACGUGGACGCCUCGGACAAUCGUCGACCUCGGGCAUCGAUCGUAAUCAAGUUAUGUUCUUUACUCAAGUUCAUCGCGAUGCCAUCGGCUGUUGGGACACACGCAAACCUUAUACGCCGUCAAAUCAUGGCCAAGUGGGUGCUGCCAAUACAUCACUCAUUCAGUUUCCAAAUGAUUUGAAAGUCGAUCAACAAGUCAAGCAGGGCGUUUGGGUGAUGAGUAAUCGAUUGCCAAUCUAUUUGUAUUCGAAACUUGAUUAUAGCGACGUUAACUUUCGAAUUUUGAGAGCGAAUGUAGAAGAUGCUGUAGCUGGGACGGUAUGUGAUCCAAAUACGUCAGCGGCGUCAAUUAAUAUUGCUCCACAGUUCGUUAAUAAUGAAUGUUAUUAAUAAAGAUUUAUUUUAAUUUAUAAUUUAAACAA